CGGUCCCAGUUUCCAGAUCAGAGCAACACCCCAAACAAGAUGGCUGCUCUGUGACACUAAAACACAAGAUGGUGACUUUAUGAAGGAUAACAGUUAGAGCUAGGGUAGUAGCAUAUCAAUAAGAAUGCGUCCGGCGCCAUCCGUCACAGGAAUUUCUCCUGCUGAGGGUCCACCGGGCGAGAGAGUUAUUAUAAGAGGAGAAAAUCUUGGGAUAAACGCGAAAGAUGUCAUUGGCUUGACUAUCUGUGGAGCGAAUUGCCUACUUUCAGCAGACUACAAAUCUCCCAGUAAGAUAAUUGCUAGGACUGGCCCUUCAAAACCAGGAAAAGGAGAUAUCAUUGUAAUGACCAGGUCAGGAGGAGUUGGUUCUUGCACAAUCCAGUUCAAAAGUCUUGCAGUUUUGGCAGACCCGCUGCGGGAGUCUGCUGUAUGGAUAGAAGAGGCAGAAGCUGAGGAGCUUGUUACUUCAUCUGGCUCUACCCGCCCUGUCUCUCCACCUAUACAUCAAGAUCCUCUAGGGAUUGCUAGUGAUGUGUUUGGAAGUUACCAGAUUCCAGAGGACAAACUAGAAGAUUUAUAUCCAGAGGGAAGUGGGAAUAUUCUUGCUGAGAACUUCAACCCCGACUGGUUUCUGCUGGAAAAGCACAGUGACACCAGGUUUGACACUCUGCGUAAUGGACUGAGGUACUUCAAGCAUGAGGAAUCCCGUCGAGCGACAGGCCCACUUGCAUUUGUCAAGGAAAACCUGGAGACCUUUCUGGAUGCCCUAGACACACUAAGCGAUGUACAGAAAAAAAUGCUAAAAGAUGAGAGUGUCUGUGAAGGAGGGUCAAUCGCUGAGACUCUGGAGAGCAUACUACAAGGAGCGAGUAAGAAUGCAGAUGCACUAUUCCAAGAUGUUUUAAAUCGUAAAGAUGACGCAGACCGAACACGCAAUGCCUUGAAUGUACUCCAGAGGUUCCGGUUCCUCUUUAGUCUCCCUCAGAGCAUAGAGCGCAACAUACAACAGGGUGACUAUGAAAUGGUUAUCAGCGAUUAUGCCCGAGCGAAGUCAUUGUUUGCUGAGACAGACAUAAAGAUCUUCAAAAAAGUAUCCCAGGAGGUCGAUCUAAAGAUUGAGGGCUUCAGGACAUAUCUUAAGAGCAAGCUGCUAGACUUCCCUUCACCUUUAGAAGAACAGAAAAGAGUUAUAAGAUAUCUGGUAGAACUAGAUGUGACCGACGACCCUGCCUGGACUUGCCUGGUCAACCAGCAUACCUGGCUUACCAAACUGCUAACGAGCUGCCGCGAUGACCACCAGAGAAAAGAUGCAGCCCCGCUAUUACAAGUAGAUGCAGGGGGCAUGCUGGAUGUAGAUGCACUCUCGAAAAAGGCUGCAAUGCCAGUGCAUUUCAGGUCGGAGGGCUUUAAGGAUUCGUCAUCUCUUGGGACACAGGGAUUGGGCGGCAAAGCCACGUCAAUGGACAGACAACACCGUGGAUCUGUGAUGUCGACCCCUCAGCGGGUCAAAUUCGUGGAAGAACUCUCGGAACUUGUCACGGAAAGCGUGCCUGAUCUGUGGAGACUGGGUCAAGCGUACUUUGGGAAUAUGCUAAUGGGGGAGGGAAUAGGAAGUACAGCCAAGCAGCUCUCACCCAGCCAAGAAAAUGAAGUCAAGUUUAAGAGCAUGGUUGAAGACGUGACGUCGCUAUACACGGAUCUCGUCAGGGCCGCUUUCCUACCCUCCUCGGUCGGGCUUUCGCGGCAGCCAGAUCACCUCGGUAAAUGGCAGAGCAGCCACGAGGGGAUGAGCGCAUGGCUACCAUUCUGCGUCAGGAAUGUCAGCGCCUGUCACAGCUCUCUAGCUCAGCUCCAGCUCCCCUCGGCCGCCCUUGACAGCGUCAGGAGCCUGGUAGGUGAUCUGCGGUUUCUCUGUACGACAGAGGUGUUCAAGGAAGCCAUUGCAGAAAUCAAGACCUUGCAUUGUAAUGAGCUGUGGAAUCACGAGAAUGACAUAAACAUCGGUCGCAUUACGAGCCUGCCGCUACUCUUUGAGAAUAUCGUCAUGGAGACUCUGCACACGCUCAAGGAGAUCGCUAGCGAAGGAGACCUCGAACACACGGAGGGUAGUCAGAGAGUGAGGGAUAAAGCCGCGCAAUUAUUCACCGAAAUGCUUCAGGCUUUUGUCGAGUGUUUCCAGUCCUUGGCUUUCCAUCAAGAUCAGGAUCAAGAUCGCAUAUCUGUGUCGAGUUUGUCUGAUACCCAAUCUACUUAUUCACUAGACGAUAACACACCGGCCAUAGACGAGCGCUUGUUAAUUGUCCUCAAUAACUGUCGCUACGUUAGACUCCAUGUUCUGCCCAAGCUCGUAGAGAGCUUUCGAAGGCAUGGGUAUACUAUUGGGGACCCCCUCACACAGUCUUUACAGGGGGAGUUUUCGCAACUGGAAAACAGAAUCGUCGAUGCUUAUAUAGAGCAAAAGGGAGAGUCCCUUGUGGGUGGGCUGGAGCCCGGAAUGUGCGCCGGGGACUUCAAAUGGCACGACUGUCUCCCUCCUAAUGAUGUUCGUAACUAUGUGAAGGAGGCCAUAAUGAAUCUAGUAAUGGUGCACGCUCAGGUGUUCCGCGUGUCCAUUGACCUUUUGCCGCUGGUCCUAUCCAGACUCACUGAUCUACUCGCUAAUGAGUUCAAGCGGCUCAUGGAAAAGAUUGGAAAAAGCAAGCGCAAGUUUAUGUCUGCUGGAGCAGUGACGGCGCACCUCGAGGCCAGGGCUUUCCAGGAGGCGCUUGUUGCCUAUCUAUCUCCAGGUGCCAGAGCAGCGUUUUUGAUGGCACUUGAAGAGGUCCCUCCACUAACGAAGGAUUCUGACAAAAAAUUGAUAGAAGCUCUGAUGACGUCCUUCAAGAGAAAGAUGGGUCUUCAGCUUCAGUGCUUCCAGAUCGACAUGGACGAGUUUUGAUAACUUCUCAUGCACGAUCUUAAGGAUGUCUGAUAAAACCUGAUUAUAAAUCCUACAAAGGAUCCAGCCCUCACAAGUUUCUUAGUGUCAGAAGACAUGAUGCAACUCGGAUCGGAUCAUUUACGUACUUGUCAAAAAGCGUUUUACUGAGAACUAACUGGGGUGGGGUGGAGUCCAGUGAGCUGAAGCUCCAGUACACAAAUUCACCUCUCUCCCUUUGUUUUGCAACUUCUUCGGGAUUGUUUCUCUUCCGGGAAUUCCUGAAUCCGCCGCUGAACUAUUUCAGGCUGGCUGUCGCUUCAGUGCACCAGACAGUGUUGCCAUCAAGUAAAUCGUUCAGAGAGAAUAAACAACAGAGUUUAAAGAAAUUUGCUGAAAUG